GGCAAAAGUGUAUCCUACUAAACAAUAAACAGAACGGUAAAGAUGUUUGCUCCUCGUACAUUUUUCGUCGGUGGUAACUUCAAGAUGAACGGCUCUCAGGAGUCUAUGAAGCAAAUCGUUGGUGCUUUGAACGAAAACAAGCUCAACGUCGACAAGGUUGAAACUGUUAUCUUCCCUCAAAACUUGUACUUGAUCCCUACCCGUGAACACGUUCGCAAGGAUAUUGGUGUCGGUGCCCAAAACGUUCACGACAAGAAGAACGGUGCCUACACUGGUGAGAACAGUGCCCAAUCUUUGAUUGACGCUGGUAUCAACUACACUUUGACUGGUCACUCCGAGCGUCGUACCAUCUUCCACGAGAGUGACGAGCUCGUUGCCGACAAGACCCAAUUCGCCAUUGAACAAGGUCUCACCGUCGUCGCCUGUAUCGGUGAAACCUUGGCUGAGCGUGAAGCCAAUGACACCAUCAAGGUUGUCGUUCGUCAAUUGAACGCUUUGGCUGACAAGGUCAAGUCCUGGUCUAAGGUCGUCGUCGCUUACGAACCCGUUUGGGCCAUCGGUACCGGUAAGACCGCUACUCCUGCCCAAGCUCAAGAAGUUCACGCUGAGAUCCGUAAGUGGGCUGCUGAGAGACUCGGUGCUCAAGCUGCUGAAGGCUUGCGUAUCAUCUAUGGUGGUUCCGUUAACGGCGGUAACUGCAAGGAAUUCCUCCAAUUCAAGGAUGUCGAUGGCUUCUUGGUUGGUGGUGCUUCCCUCAAGCCCGAAUUCCACAACAUCGUCAACGUCCACAGUCUCUAAAUUGAACGAAUUCGUUAGUACAGUUGUUUAAUUAAUGGUUGAGUAAAUUUAUAUUUUGUUGCCUUCUCUAUGGCUUUUUUUAACCUAGCAGUAAUUUGAUUCAAUUGUAGCAAUCCAUUCACAUGUUUUUUCACUCAUAGCUAGCACAUCUCUGGC